AUGUGUUCUUAACAGAAGGGUGGUGCAAAAAGAAACGGGGCGUAGACGGUACAAGGAAAAUGAGACGCAAUAUUGGAACGCCACCCACCUCUUCUGUCAAUUGUUUGCGUGUUUGGUUGCCUCAAGGAUUCAAUUUCAACGCGGUUUGAAAUUAAUCCUCCCAAAAUUCCCUCACAAUUAGAUGAAGUGAAAUCAACGGCAGGCUAUUUUCAUAUAUGGAAAAUCCGUUUCUACUAAACUUGGGCGUUUCUUCUUUCGAUUAACCCAUGGAUUAUCUUACAGGUGAUAUUUUGCUACAAUAACAAAUGGGUAUUGAUAAUUUUGCCAUUGGAUAGGGUUUUGCUUUCCGGGUAUUCUUGAUUUGGAGUUUGGGAUUGGGUAACACAUAGUCAUGGGUUCAAAAGUUGAGAAUAGCAAAACGUGGAAAUGGAUUUUGGGUUUGAUAUACAUAUUUGCUGUGGCAACAAUUUGGAUAGCUGCUAGCUUUGUAGUGCAGUCUGUUGUUGAUGCUGGUGUGUCACCAUUCCUUGUUACUUACGUAUGCAAUUCGUUGUUUGUGGUGUUGAUUCCAAUUGUUGAAAUUGGAAGGUAUUUGGAAGAUUCUUAUGGGGGUUUAUGGUUUUGGAGGAGUGACGAGAGUAAUUCCCAUAAGGAAGGAAGGGUAAGACACUCGGAGCAGGUUAUCCUUCUCAAAGAUAAUGAUGCGGGAAAUGAAGCCAGUGAAUCCUUGGUUCUUGAAGAGGUUGAUGUUGUAAGUGAAGAAAGAAACAAUGGUUCUGAAUUGGUGCCAACAGAGACAGUGACAAGUGUAUUGGUUGAUGAUCAAGUUAAUGUGAUUGAAAAGGUUGAUCAUCAGCUUGAUGAGAAAGGGCGGUGGAGUCGGUGUAGAGUGGCCAAAGUUAGUCUUUUAAUCUGCCCAUUUUGGUUUUUGGCUCAACUCACCUUUAACUUGUCAUUGAAGUAUACUACAGUCACAUCAAACACAAUCUUAAGCAGUGCAUCCAGUCUUUUUACGUUCUUGGUCUCCCUAGCAUUCUUGGGUGAGAGAUUUACUUGGUUAAAGCUCUUCAGUGUUCUUCUUUGUAUGGCAGGAACAAUAAUAGUAAGUCUAGGUGACUCGAAAUCCGGUUUAAGAACAAUUGCAUCAAAUCCUCUUCUUGGAGACAUUUUCGCUCUUCUUUCUGCAGGAUUAUAUGCAGUUUAUAUAACUCUUAUUCGCAUGAAAUUACCUGAUAGUGAUGGAAAGAGUGGUGAAGCUAGUACAGCUCAGUUUCUUGGAUAUCUUGGGCUUUUCAAUAUUUUAAUUUUUCUUCCAGUUGCCCUCAUACUAAAUAUUACCAAGAUGGAAAGUUUUAGUUCGCUUACUUGGAAACAGCUUAGUCUGAUAAUCGGUAAAGGACUGCUGGAUAAUGUGCUGAGUGAUUACUUGUGGGCCAAGGCUGUUCUUCUCACAUCUACCACAGUAGCUACAGCUGGUCUUACUAUUCAGGUCCCACUGGCUGCCAUUGUGGACACCUUGAGUGGCCAUGCUCCUGGCCUUAUGGAUUACCUUGGAGCUAUAUCUGUCAUGAUUGGCUUUACUGGAAUCAAUAUUCCUUCUGACACUUUUAGCAAAUCCAGGGAAACUGCCGUGGAAUUGGAAAAUGAGAGUUUGAAUAUAAGGACUGAAGAGCUUACUUCUCCUAAAAGCCAAGAUUGAGUUGUCAUAUCAUAACUGUACAUUAUAUUCAUUCAUUUCACGUGUUAGUUGAAGGUGGUCUUUCUGUAAUCAUACCAAUUUAGUCGCAGAAACUGAAAUAUGCUAUCAUACUCAACAGGAAGAUAGAAAAACUAGAACAAAGGAAGAUGGUUUACAAGAUGAACACACGGGAUUGCACCUGGAGAGACAAGAAGCUGCCAUUUGGUUCAGCUAUUACUUGGUUGAGAUUUUCAUUGAUGGUUUGGGUGCCUUGGUGUUAAGAGAGGGUUCACCCACGAACUACAUGUCAUCACAAGUUUGAGAUAAUGAUUUCUAUUCGUUUUGGAUACUUUGUAAAUGUAUGUUCUAUACCUUAAACCUGAUCAGAAGGUCUUAAGUCAUAGUCAUUCAUUUGAUAAUAGUUUUGCUUGUUCAAUCAUACAAUCUGUGUAAAGUAGCACUAUCAUUUACCUGAAAAAGCAAAUCAAUUUGACUUGUCUUUUUUAA